CCUCCCUCCGGCCCCUCUGGUCGCCUCUGGGCGGGUCACCUCCGGGAGCCCGGCCACCCGGCGCCCUGGAUGCCAUGAAGCAGCUGUGCCUGUGCGCCGCCUCCUUCGCGAGCCAGGACUGGGGCAAAAGUGACGAGCGGCUGCUGCAGGCUGUGGAGAACAGUGAUGCCACACGAGUGGCUGCCCUCAUUGUCCGCAAGGGGCUGGUGCCCACGAAGCUGGAUCCCGAGGGCAAGUCCGCAUUCCACCUGGCGGCCAUGAGAGGUGCAGCCAGCUGUCUAGAGGUGAUGCUGGCACACGGCGCCAAUGUCAUGAGCACGGAUGGGGCAGGUUACAAUGCCCUCCACCUGGCCGCCAAGUACGGGCACCCACAGUGCUUGAAGCAACUGCUACAGGCAUCCUGCGCGGUGGAUACUGUGGACAGCAGUGGGUGGACGGCCCUUCAUCAUGCAGUGGCUGGUGGCUGCAUCUCCUGCUCAGAAAUGCUCUGCUCUUUCAAAGCACAUCUGAAUCCCCGAGAUCAGUUGGGUACAACACCCCUCAUCAUAGCAGCUCAGAUGUGUCACACAGAUCUGUGCCGCCUCCUCCUGCAGCAAGGGGCUGCUGCGAAUGACCAGGACCUGCAGGGCAGGACGGCCCUGAUGCUGGCCUGUGAGGCGGCCAGCCCCGAAACAGUGGAGGUGCUGCUGCAGGGCGGGGCCCAGCCGGGCGUCACCGAUGCGCUGGGCCAGGACGCUACUCACUACGGUGCCCUGGCAGGGGACAAGCUCAUCCUGCACCUCCUGCAAGAGGCAGCCCAGCGCCCAUCACCAGCCAGCGAGGACGACUCAGGCGAGGCAUCAUCUCAGAACUCUGUGUCUAGCCAUGAGAAGCAAGGGGCUCCCAAGAAGCGGAAGGCACCUCAGCCCCCAGCCAGUAUCCCUGUGCCGGAUGAUCAGGAUGCCUAUGAGGAGAUCGUAAGGCUGAGACAGGAGAGGGGCCGCCUGCUGCAGAAGAUCCGUGGCCUGGAGCAACACCAGGAGCGCAGGAAGCAGGAGCUGCCAGAGGCAGAGGCCAGCUCCCUCCACAGCCUGGAGAGACAGGUGCAAGAGCUACAGCAGCUGCUGGCGGACAAGCAGGAGGAGAAGGAGAGUCUGGGACGGGAGGUGGAAAGUUUGCAGAGCAGGCUGUCCCUGCUGGAGAAUGAACGGGAGAACACCAGCUAUGACGUGGCCACCCUGCAGGAUGAGGAGGGGGAGCUGUCCGACUUCCCAGGGGCCGAAGCGCUGCUCUCCAAGCAGAUAAGCCCGUCGGCCCGGGAGCUCUUGGCCUCGCUGCAGGAGCAGGUGGUUGCACUUACCAGACAGAACCAGGAGCUGAUGGAGAAGGUCCAGAUCCUGGAAAACUUCGAGAAGGACGAGAUGGAGGCGGAUGGCUUGGCCGAGGUCAUCCCUUUGGCUCUCUAUGACUCUCUCCGGGCUGAGUUUGACCAGCUUCGCAGGCAGCACGCCAAGGCCCUGCAGGCGCUGGAGCAGCAGGAAGCACGGGAGGCCCCUGGAGAAGACGAGGCAGCCCCUGGGGAAGGCAAGGGCUUGGGAGCCAAGACCACCAGAAACGGGCCAAUGGAAACGGAGCUGAACGGCACCGCAGCUCCGGAAAUCAGGGUUAACGGGGCCCAGACCACAGACGAGGAGGCUGCAGGAGUUGAAACCAUGGGAGCCAGGUCUUUGGAAGCAGCAUCCACGGUGGCUGAGGCCACGGAAACAGGGGGUGGGGGGACCGAGGCUUUGGAAACAAAGGCCAUGGAGAGUGAGGUCACAGGAAUGAAAACUCUGGAAGAAGCAGGAAACCCGGAAGCAAAGGCCACAGGAGCAGGGGCCACAAAUAUGAAAGCAGAGGAACCAGAAAUGAAGGCCAAUGGAGUGGGUGCUGUGGGGGAAGAGCUCACAGGCACAGACAGCAGGAAAAUGGAGGCCACAGGACUGGAGGCCACGACCUCCAGGGUCCGCACAGGCCCCGUCCUGCACCCUGGUGCUGCCGAGGCCUCGGAGAAGUUGCAGGCCGAGCUGGAGACCAGGAUCCGCAGCUUGGAGGAGGCGCUGCGGCAGCGGGAGUGGGAGGCAGCGGCCGAGCUGGAGGCGGCGCACGGCAAGUGCGAGGCGGCCGAGGCCGAGGCGGACCAACUGAGGGAGCGGGUGCGUGAGGCCGAGGGCACCGGGACCUGCGGCGUUGGCGGCGGCGGCGGCGGGGACACGGCCCAGCUGCGGGCGGCCCUGGAGCAGGCCCGGGAGGACCUCCGGGCCCGGGACUGCCGCCUCCGGGAGCUGGAGGCGGCCUCGGCCCGGCUGGACGAGGCCCAGGCCGGCCGGCUGCUGGCCGAGGAGGAGGCCCGGGGCCUGCGGGCGGAGCUGGCCCGGCGGGAGGAGGCGCGGCUGGAGCAGAGCCGGGAGCUGGAGGCGCUGCGGGGGCAGCUGGCCGCCGCCUCGGCCGCCGGGGAGCAGCAGCGGGCCGCGGCCGCCGAGCUGGGCCGGGCGCGGGACGCGGCCGCGUCCCGCGCCGCUGAGCUGGCCGCCGCCUGCGAGGAGGCCCGGCGCGGGCUGGCGGAGCUGCGCGAGGCCUCCGAGGCGCUGCGCCAGGCGGCCGUGCCGGCCUGCGAGCACCUGCGGCUGCAGGAGGAGGCGCUGGCGCUGCGCGGCCGCGCCGCCGGCCUGGAGCAGGAGGCGGUGGCCGCGGGCAGGGAGGCCGCGCGGCUGCGGGCCGAGCUGGACCGCGAGCGCGCGGGCAGCGUGGCCCGCCUGGAGCACGAGCGCGUCGUGGCCGCGCUGCAGGCCGACGUGGCCCGGCUGGAGGCGCAGCUGGAGGAGCUGGCGCGGCGCCACGAGAAGACGAGCGCCGAGGUCUUCCAGGUGCAGCGGGAGGCGCUGUUCAUGAAGAGUGAACGGCACGCGGCUGAGGCCCAGCUAGCCGCAGCGGAGCAGCAGCUGCGUGGGCUGCGGACCGAGGCUGAGCGGGCACGCCAGGCCCAGAGCCGCACGCAGGAGGCCCUGGAGAAGGCCAAGGAGAAGGACAAGAAGAUCACUGAGCUCUCCAAGGAAGUCUUCAGUCUGAAGGAGGCACUGAAGGACCAGCCGGCGGCCCCAAGCACUUCAGAGGUGGAGGCCCUCCGUGGCCAGGUGAAGGCUCUGCAGGAGCAGCUGGAGGAAGCUGCCAGGGACCACAGUGCAGUGGUGGCUUUGUAUAGGAGCCACCUCCUCUACGCCAUUCAGGGUCAGAUGGACGAAGAUGUGCAGCGGAUUCUGAGCCAGAUCCUGCAGAUGCAAAGACUCCAGGCCCAGGGCCGCUGAGAUCAGAGCCCUGCCCUCUGCCCACCAGGCCCCGCCCUGGGGUGUCCAGACUCACGCACUGACCACCCGCACUCGGAGACCGGCUGGGGCCCCUUCCCGACUGUCCCUCACUGUCCGUGUUGCCCCUUGGUCCCUGCACACCCUGGUCAGCCUAGACUCAGGCUCUGACUGUGCCCCUGACCCCCAACCGGACAAUCUGUGUGUCCCCUCUCCCACGUCCGGUCUGGUCACCAGGUGCCACCAUAGGAAUAAAAGCUCACGGAGCAGAGGAUGAAA